GAAGUUCGUGGUUUGUUUCUUUACAAAAACAUUAUCCAGCGGAUGUCUUCGGGAUUCCGACGCAUUUAAAUCAAUUCCCCCAACUUGCAUUCAAAAAUCAAAAUAUAUAAUAUUGUUAAAACAAUCAUGGAAACUUACAGAAACAACCGUGUAAAUAAAAAAGGUGCCAACAAAACAGAAAAAACGACUGAUUUGGAAUUUGGUGGCAUUUUGGGAACUGCAGUAAACAUUGUAGCUUUGCCAUGCAUUGUCAUUAUUAUGAAUCUCAUGUGUAACGAACAAACAUGUAAAUUCGGUCAGUUACCUUUCAUUUAUAACUGGUGGACGUAUUUUUUCGAUUGGACUGCAGUGUCGAUGUUUUUAUUUUGGAUGAUAUUCCAAUCUUUCUUGGCUAUACUUCCUGUUGGAAAAUUGUACCUAGGUGUCCCAUUAAGAGAUGGGUCACGACUUCAGUACAGAUGUAACGGUUUCCUAAGUUUAUUAAUAUCUAUAUUUGGUUUUGUAGCUGCUGUCCACAUGGGCUUCCCAGCUAGCAUUAUUUACGACAAGUUUUUUCAAAUGAUGAUAUUUGCUUUAAUUUUCAGUUACAUUUCAAGUAUUUUACUUUACAUAAGAUCCUGGAAAGUAGCACCUUCAAAACUAGCUCCGAAUGGAAACUCGGGGAAUAUGUUUUACGAUUUUUUCAUGGGACAUGAACUCAAUCCAAGGAUCGGUUCUUUCGAUUUGAAAUUCUUUUGUGAAAUGCGUCCAGGAUUGAUUGGCUGGGUUAUAAUUAACCUUAGUUUUGUUGUAAAAUCCUAUUUUGAUCAUUUUGGGCCAUCACCUGCCCUCUUGCUUGUAACUAUCUUCCAAGGCUUUUAUAUAGUUGAUGCUUUGUGGUUCGAAGAAGCUAUAUUAACCACUAUCGAUAUAACCUCUGAUGGGUUUGGUUUCAUGUUGUGUUUUGGUGACCUCGUCUGGGUACCAUUUUUGUAUACACUACAGGGUAAAUACCUUAUGACGCAAUCUCACAGCCUUCCGUGGUAUGUUUUAACUGCAUUAACUGUCAUAAACUGUAUUGGUUACUUUAUUUUCCGUUCAUCUAAUUCCCAGAAAAAUACAUUUAGACGUGAUCCCAAACAUCAAUCGGUAGCGCAUUUACAAAGUAUCCCCACUUCAUCCACCAAUCGCCGAUUAUUAGUAUCUGGAUGGUGGGGCAUGUGCCAGAAACCUAACUAUUUAGGAGACAUUAUUAUGUCUCUCUGCUGGUCUUUGACCUGUGGGUUCGGAAGCAUCAUUCCUUACUUUUACCCAAUUUAUUUAAUCAUCUUAUUAAUCCAUCGCGAGAGACGAGAUUCGGCUGCGUGUGAAAAGAAAUAUGGAAAUAGCUGGAAGAAAUAUUGUAGUAAAGUGAAAUAUCGAAUUAUUCCUUAUAUAUACUAAAAGUGAAUUUUUUCGGGGUUUAUGCGGUUUCGCACCACUCCUCGAAAAAGGUUCACGCGGCGGAAAUGUAAACGAAACCCUUCCUCCCUUUAAAAUUUUUUUUUUCUUAUUCAUUUUAUAGCACACGUGUUUAUCAUGAAUGUUCUGUGUAAAUUAUAUUGACACGAGUAAUAUAACCUACUUUGAUCUGUCAAGAUUAACAUUCCGAGCUAAAUAUUGUUUUAAUCCUUAUAUAUUACAUUUCAAAUGUAAUGCAUAUAUACUGACAAAUGUACAACUUUCAUAUUAUAGCGCUGCAUACUUUUUAUGUUUUACAGACUUUCUAUGUCGUGUGACUCAACCCGAUUAGUACUAGAUCGGAGUUACAUUUCAAUGAGAGCUUACACACACAUUCUUUCCUCGACUCCCUGUUCCCUCAAACACAUUUAAAAACCUACUUUCUCCAGGCUUGUCACAUAUACUCACUCCCUUUAUUUUACUCUCACGUCUCGCUACUGAAAAACGCCUUUGUUUUUUUGUUACACCUUCUGCCUUUCUAACAUGUUAUAUCUCUAAUACAACAUCAGUUUCCACCCUUUCUCUUCUCUUUCCUCAAGCCCUGACGAAGGAUAUCUAUCCAAAAUGUUGAUUUCUCUUCCCUCCCUUUACAGUAUUAUAUUGACUUUGUUCUCUUGACCUGUGUCUGUGUUUUGCACUAUUUUUGCUCGUGCCUUACCUGGAUGUUAAUUGUUGUACUACCACAGAUUACCACUAGACCUUUUGUUGUUAUUAUUUUUAUUAUUAUUAUUAUUAUUAUUAUUAAGAAGGUGGCGAACUGGCAGAAUUGUUAGCAUGUCGACCAGAAUGCUUCGUGGUAUUUCGUCUGCCGCAACGUUCUGAGUUCAAAUUCCGCCCAGGUUGACUUUGCCUGUCAUCCUUUGGAGGUCGAUAAAUUAAGUACCAGUGAAAUACUGGGGUCGAUGUAUUCGACUUAUCUCCUCCCCCACAAAAGUGGCUGCUCUUGCGGCAAAAUUUGAAGCCGUUAUUAUUAUUAUUAUCAUCUUGAUAUAAAGGACUUCUUGCAACUAGAGUUUUACUUGGAUGGACAUUUUACUGUGGGACAACAUUAUUGAACUUUAUUGAAAAUUUUCCUUUUUACUGGUAUUUCGGAAACACUGAUUAUAUAUACACUUGAUUGAAUCAAAUUUUACAAGUUAUAUCUUGGAGCUCCCCCACCGAAAAAGUGCCUCACAGAAGUCCUUACUCAAGAGUUUUUAUGAGUGCAUAUUUCAUCAAGGAUUUCUUGAUCAACAUACAUGUUUCCUUCCUUUUAGUAUGCUGCAUGCUUGAGCCAACACUGCUCUUUUAUCUGCUGACAAAUCAAUAAAACAGAUGGAAAUAAUGGUAUCAAAAAAAGAUUUUCCUUGAAGCAUUCACCAUAGCCCUUAACAAAUUGAACAUUAGUUGUUUUGUCGUCCAUAGAGUUUUCAAUGGUAGUCUAUAUUCUGAUUACCAACACGAAGUCCUUGUGAACCACAGUUAUUGUAUACGUUAUUCAUGUCUUGAUGCCCACUUGAAUGCUAAACUACAUGAACUGAGUUUGAGAACAUCUUUUUUCCCCCGCAGAAAAAAAUUAAUAGUUUUCCUAUAAUACCUUUUCCAUUUUACAUCAUGAACAAUACAUUUUUUAUGAAUUAAUGCGAGGCCUUUUUGCCUAAUAUUAUAAAGCACUGAUUUUUAAUAUCGUCGAUAUUUUUUGAUCUGCCCUACACAAUAUUAUUUAUGCUAGGUUCAGAUUUGAAAAGACUGCUUAAUAACUUCCUGAAAUACUUCAAGUACUGACUAGAUUCUUAGAACCAAACAUUCUUAUUAGUUUAAUCUGCUGGAAGAAGCAAAUGUUGUAAUACUUUGUGAUAAUGGAUCUAAUUUUAUUUAAUAUCAUUUUUAGGACAAAAAUGAUAUCUUUUUUCUAACCCAUUAACUGCAAAAUUGUGGAGGCGCAAUGGCCCAGUGGUUAGGGCAGCGGACUCGCGGUCAUAGGAUCACGGUUUCGAUUCCCAGACCGGGCGUUGUGAGUGUUUAUUGAGCGAAAACACCUAAAGCUCCACGAGUCUCCGGCAGGGGAUGGUGGCGAAUCCUGCUGUACUCUUUCACCACAACUUUCUCUCACUUUUACUUCCUGUUUCUGUUGUGCCUGUAAUUCAAAGGGUCAGCCUUGUUACACUGUGUCAUGCUGAAUAUCCCCGAGAACUACGUUAAGGGUACACGUGUCUGUGGAGUGCUCAGCCACUUGCACGUUAAUUUCACGAGCAGGCUGUUCCAUUGAUCGGAUCAACUGGAACCCUCGACAGAGUGCCAACAACUGCAAAGUUAAAUUUCAUGGUUAUUCUAGUAAUGAUGUUAAACAUCUACCAAAAUAUAGAAUUGGUUGUUUUCUGCAAGUCACAUUGCCUCAAUAAAUUUGACAUAUCUCAACAAAAACUAGUUUCAAAUAUAACAUUCCCCAACAAAUGAUAAUUGUUAUACAAAACUGCUUUCUGCACUUAAGGGUAAUGAAAUUUUGAAUGGAUAUAUCUGAUUUGUGCAGUAUUAGGGUUAAGACGUUUUUUAAGAACUAAAAUAUAUUCUAAAGUGUAAAUUUUUGAUUAAUCAAGUUGCUCAGAGUUGUCUUAUAUACAAGACAUCUCACUUUGAAAUUCAUUCUCUAACAUUUUAGUAUUACUUUUACAUUAAAAAAAUUGCAUUUUGUAAAGUAAAAACAAUUUUAUGAUUGUGUUUGUAAUUGUUGUCAUUGGGCCUCACAUUUGUCCUGAUUGAGUAAGUCUAUGAAUGAAGCCAUUCCAAGUAUGACCA